UUGCCAUUGAUUGGAGAAAGUCUUUGUCAUUCACUGGGCCUCGUUGACAGUUUCCUUCCCCCCUCCCCAGCAAAAACAAAUUUACGCGCGUGCGUGUUUGCUAUCUCGAGGCACUACUAACCUCUUGUCUCGUCAGCUGGUAUGAGUUUUUUGCUGCCUCAGUUAAACAGCAAAAAGGAGGUGGAUGAAGCGAUUAAGACCGUGGCGGAGAAAGUCCUGGUUCUUCGCUUUGGUAGAGAUGAAGAUCGUGUCUGCCUGCAACUGGAUAACAUUCUUGCAAAAACAUCUCAUGAUUUGAGUAAAAUGGCUGCAAUUUAUUUAGUGAACGUGAGCAAGGUUCCAGUGUACACCCAGUAUUUUGAUAUUAGUUAUAUUCCAUCAACUGUCUUCUUUUUCAAUGGGCAACAUAUAAAAGUGGAUUAUGGAUCUCCAGAUCAUACCAAAUUUGUAGGAAGUUUCAAAACAAAACAAGACUUCAUAGAUUUGAUUGAAGUAAUCUAUCGUGGAGCGAUGCGUGGAAAACUCAUUGUACGAAGCCCAAUUGAUCCAAAGAAUAUUCCAAAGUAUGAACUUCUCUAUAAAGACAUUUAAAUGCCGUUUCUGGAAACAAGUGGAAAUUGGAAUGGGCACAUCUUAAGAUUGAUUAUGCCAUGGCUUAUUUGAACAUGUGUCCCAUCUAACCCAGCAAAAAGAAGUAAUCUUAAUCUUUGCAUGAUCAUAUUGGUCAACAUCAAAACAGACAGAUUUUCUGUCAUUAUUUUCCUUAAAGUUAUGUAUGUCAACAAGUUGCUGACUUUCUAUUGUUAUUAGCUUAUAUCCUAUAUCUUAACAAUUUGUUAAAUAAAGGAACCUGCUCUAAAUCAAACAAGUAAAUGCCUUGAACUAUAAACAGAAAUAGACAUGUUUUCCACACAAGAUAGAAAGACAAAACCAGAUAAAUCAUUUUAUAGAUUAACAUUAAAUAAGUUACAAUUAAAUCACAAUUUAGCAUGUGAGAACCCAGUCGUAGAAAUCACACGUUUUUCCCUUUUCUUUUUGACCUAGAGAUAGUUGUAUUUAAUUAUCUUAUUUAAUAAAAUAAUGUAUGUACUGUAA